ACUAGUGCUGAAGGAGAGAGAAAGGGUUACUCAUAACUGAAGGAGCAGUUGCCUUACAUGCUGAGGGAAGAGAGACUUGAAAGUUGCUGCUGCUGUAGUGGAAUUUUUUGGAUUCUUUCUGUAAACGCUCCAUCCAACUACUUCAAGCUGAUUCCUCUCCUUGCGAGUGCAGUUGCUAGCACUGCGAAAAAUAGUUUCACAAAGAAAUGAAAUAGUUUUACAGUUGAUUUGUAAAAGGUGGUUUCGUGAUCACAGUUCUCUAUAUAAAUAUGUGACAAGUUAAAGUAACUGAAUCGUCAUCUGUUAUACGGUGGUGAAAAGUUUAUUAACAGAGUUAUUGCGUGGGUUCACUCACAGGAAGAGACUGACAUAAAAAUUGUCUUUACUGGAAAUUGGACUCUGAAUUAGCAAGUUGGGGCUAUAAACACUUAUCGUGAAGGCCAAAACCAAGAUCCAGUUUCAAACUGCAUGGGAUUCUUCCAUAUUAUAAGCAUCAUGUUUUUAUAACUUUGCUCGGUGGAGCGGGUGAGGACAAGGAUGUAAAUGACGAAAUUAUGGUUUUGUGUUAUUUGUCAAGUGUCAUAAACCUCAUGGACACUUAUUCGCACUGCUGAGACUAUAACGCUCGUCACGCUGUACUACAUGCAAACCCCUCUCUAAUCUCCUACGCAAUAAUAGUAUAGUGAUUUUUAGUUCAACAUGGUCAUCAUGUGUAAUUUUGUAAACCAAGUCAAGACAAGUAGAGGACCUAUGCAUAUGUAACUGUUGUAUAUAUGACUAAUAAGGUCAUGUAUUGUUCAAUUUGCAAUUAUCAUUGGGUUUGUGGUUCUCCAUGAUGAUGAUAAGUCGUCGGGACUGAUAAGAUAAGAUGAAAACCAUCCGUUGAAUGCAACACUGCUUGUUCUCUGCUGAUCUGUGUUUGCUCUGUGUGGACAUAAUUGGGCAGGGUAUAAAUUGGCUUUUGGAGUGUUUAUCGAAAUUGGACUUUGCGAGGCCGGCUGAUUUUUGUGUUACCAACGCUGCUCGAGUAGUCGAGUCAAGUCAGUUACUUAAAUGUGAUCACAUCAUCAUCAUUGCAAUUGUAACAAUCGAACGGAAAGUGCUGCUGUAUUAUUACCUUCAUGGAUUGACUCACUCUGUCAGUCGAGUGCCAUUCCCCGUGCAAUUCACUCUUCACGCCAUAAUAAUAUCUUAUUUCUGGUUACUAUAUUACAACGUUGGACAAGAUACAAUCGAUGGGAAUCGUUGGUUACCACCACUCUUUUGUUCUGUUCUCUGACUUCGAUGCUGUCAGCUCUCUGAUUUGGAAUAAUAGUAAACUUUUUGAGAGAAUUGUGUGAGACCAAUAGCAAGUUAAACUGAAACUCCUCUCUCGUCUCUCUGCGCUGGGGUGUAUCCUAAAGUGGAUCGAAUUGCUAAUUUCAUCCACCACGAGACAUUCUAUGCAGUAAUACAUGGCCCUCACUCGAAAAAAUAUUAAAUUGCGGAAAAGGGAAGCUGCUGCAGCAGUGUUGUAAUGUAACCAGCAAAGUGAAUCGGACUUGGAGUCAAAAUUGCAACAAGCACUAUCUGUACACUGCCUCGUCCAAUUUUGCCAUUACUACAGAGUAAAACUGCAAAUAUCACAACAAGAAAAGAGUUUUAAGGAGUUUGCUUAAUCCAAUGCAGCCAGUUUGUGCUGUUUUUGGUGCUGCUGAUGAUGAUGACGGUGUGCGGUAGAGCUGAAUUAUGAUAAUACGGCGGAAUGAACAGCGAGCAGCAGUAUAGCGUUGUUAAAAGAAAACAGUUAAGUUUAGUUGGUUGGUCUCAACUAGUGAGUGGUUUGGUGGUAGCAGUACUUACUUGGUCGUCGUCGUCAGUAAAUAACAGCCAGAAUGGUGGUCUGGUUGUAGUAAUAUUGAAUUGGUGACCCAAUUCACCAUCUUGCAGCUCACGAAACUUUUCACUCACAAAUAAAUUGUGAUAAAUAAAUAUGCUACAGCAGUGUAGUUAAAUACAGGCUUAUAAAAAUUUUUUUAUCGCAAAGAGGGAAAUUAGGAAACUGAAUUUGGUGAAAGUAGGAGGAGGAAUAGUGUGGUGGGAGUGAGUGAAUGAGUAAAGUGCUCCUACGAAAAAAAGUUGGUGAAAGUGCUGGGAGCAUAAAUAAAGUGGGAGAGCCAGGAGUGAAAGAAAAAUUCCUCCCACGAUGGCCUUACAGUCCGCGGCUGGAGGAAUGUGGGUGGACCACCAUCCGCCACCGCCAAAAUCCCCUCCCUCUUCCUCUUAUAGCCCUUCACCCGUCACAUUCCGUCCUCCUCCCCCCGUCACCACGACCUUCACACCCAGUCCCAAAUCUUGGGCUGGAGGAGAUGGAGUUUUGAGUUCCUCAACGACGCGUGAAGUCAGUCAGAGGUUAUCAUCUUCCAGAAGUCGUACCUCGGAAGAGCCUCACAUUGGCAAAUAUCGCCUCCUCAAAACAAUUGGCAAAGGCAAUUUUGCAAAAGUCAAGUUGGCAAAGCACCUUCCCACCGGCAAAGAGGUGGCAAUUAAGAUAAUCGAUAAAACUCAAUUAAAUCCGGGUAGUUUACAAAAGCUGUUUCGUGAAGUUAGGAUAAUGAAAAUGCUGGAUCAUCCAAAUAUAGUAAAACUGUUUCAAGUAAUUGAAACGGAGAAAACCUUGUACCUUGUGAUGGAAUAUGCAAGUGGUGGAGAGGUCUUUGACUACUUAGUUUUACAUGGCAGAAUGAAAGAGAAAGAGGCUAGGGCUAAAUUUCGUCAGAUUGUGUCCGCAGUACAGUAUUGCCACCAAAAGAAAAUAAUACACCGGGAUCUAAAAGCAGAAAACUUAUUAUUAGAUAGUGAAAUGAAUAUCAAAAUAGCAGAUUUCGGAUUUAGCAAUGAAUUUACUCCAGGAACCAAACUGAUGACGUUCUGUGGGUCACCACCAUAUGCCGCCCCCGAGCUGUUUCAAGGGAAAGUAUACGAUGGGCCUGAAGUCGAUGUUUGGUCACUUGGAGUGAUUUUAUACACACUAGUCAGUGGGUCGUUGCCUUUCGACGGGACAACGCUGAGGGAGUUGAGGGAGCGGGUUCUCCGUGGGAAAUAUCGGAUACCUUUUUAUAUGUCCACUGACUGUGAAAAUCUAUUAAAAAAAUUUUUAGUUCUCAAUCCAGCUAAACGAGCAUCGUUAGAGACAAUAAUGAAGGAUAAAUGGAUGAACAUGGGUUAUGAAGAAGAUGAACUUAAGCCCCAUAUCGAACCUGAAUCGGACUACACAGAUCUAAGGAGAAUAGAUGCUAUUAAAUGUAUAGAAAUACUAGCGGGGAUGGGCUACAAUAAGUCUGACAUUGAGGAUAGUUUAAAGCAACAAAAAUAUGAUGACAUAUUUGCAACCUAUUUACUACUUGGAAGGCGAUCGUCAGAUUUGGAAAGUGAUGGUUCAAGAUCGGGCAGCUCAUUAUCAUUACGCAACAUUGUUGGGGGAGGAGGCGGAGGAGCAGGGACCGGGAACUCAGUAGCGACUGGCGGAACAGGUGGUCAAUCGCCGUCUCAUCAUAGAGUUCACCGUUCCAUAUCGGCCACCAACUCCAAGCCCUCUAGAAGGGCAAGCGGUGGGGAAAGUUUGCGUGAAUCCAUCGCUUCUCACGCGGCUGGGACGGGGAAUAAUGCUGCUGCAAACAAUCAUAAUUAUGCAACUCCUCCUUCAGGGAAUUUCAAACGUCAAAACACGGUAGAUUCUGCAACUAUCAAGGAGAAUACGGCAAGAAUAAGUGCUGCAAACAAUGCGGCUGGAAUAAAUUCCACUCGACCCGUAUCUGCUACUGUCAAGACUGCAAACACUCCGUCUUCAUUAGACACAGGUGCUGCCAACAGCCCAAAACCUCGUGGUAUAACAAAGUCCAAUACAAUGACAGGGACAGGAAACCGGUCAAACCCGAUCGGGGGUUCUGUUGGCCGCAGUGGCCGAAGUGCCGUGGGUUACGAGGCCAAGGCUUCCUCCAACGAGAAGACAAAUGCUGUGGGAGAUUCUGCUACAAGUGGUGCUUUAUUGCCGGUGGGUGGUGGUGGGGAAGUGGGUGCUCGUGCGAAAGGUCAUACAAAAUCUGCCUCCAUUUCUGCUGCUGGUUCUCGGCACUCUGACUUACCACCGCUUGACACUAAUAUCGAUUCUGCUCUUAAAAGCUCGAACAAGACGAGUGGGGGGUUACCAGCGGGGGUAGCUCCGACAAAUAGGAACGCUUUUCCAAGAAAUGUGCCCAGUCGGUCUACGUUCCACUCUGGGCAAAAUAGACCAAGAAAUCACGCAUCGAAUGCAUACUCGGCGCUCACCACGCAGGACACAUCGUCAAUCAACCCAGGCGCUAGAUCGUCAUUUUUCUCCAAAUUGUCCUCUAGAUUUUCCAAAAGACCGAUGGAAAAUGUCCCACCCUCGACGCCGACGACUAUGAGCAAGCUCCCUGGACAACAACAACCACCAUCACUUCCUACAAACCAAAACCAACCCAUAGACGAAGCAAGCCAAGUCAAACCACGUUCCUUACGGUUUACUUUUAGUAUGAAGACCACCUCCACAAGAGACCCAAACGAAAUUAUGGCCGAGAUUCGAAAGGUCUUGGACAGUAAUAACUGCGAUUACGAACAACGCGAGAAAUUUCUCCUCCUCUGUGUUCACGGCGACCCGAAUACUGACUCUUUGGUGCAAUGGGAAAUUGAAGUGUGUAAACUGCCUCGUCUUUCUCUCAACGGCGUGCGGUUUAAACGCAUCUCCGGCACUUCCAUCGGAUUCAAGAAUAUCGCGUCCAAAGUGGCCAACGAGCUCAAGUUGUAAACAUGUCAAGUACCUACUAGGCUAACCUUGGUGUACACACGUACCAGUGUUCGUAAUUUUUUCUACACUCAACACGUGGAAAUUAAUACGAAUCCACCAUUCUUAGUAUCCGUUGCCGGUGAUUUCUCCUCCUCUCCAUUCAUCCUCCCUCGUCUUUACCUUUAUGGAAAGAAAAGAAAAACGUCUCCGUUUCAUUGGAGUCUCCUUCACUUCACUUCACUUAAAAAAACCCACCCAUUCACCAAACCACAGUCGUCGGUCGCCGUCUUCAUCAAACUAACAACCACAACAACUACUACUACUACUGUUCGUUCGUCGUUCGUAUGAUAGUCACUACACUACUACUACAGUACUACUACUUCUAGUUGGUAUCUCAACUUAAUUAAUGUACCAUUUAUAUAACAAACUUAGUUUUAGCUAUUUCACCAACAACACAAAGGAUACACAAUUACUAUUACAUAAUGAUAACACCCAGGCUUAAGCAAUGAUGCUGAUUUUGGUGGACUUGUUCACCAAAAGUCCUCCUCCCUCACUCCCUCCAAGACCUCAUGACGAAAGUACCAGGAGAUGACCGACAAAUAAUUUAUUGUUUUCCAUUAUAUUAUAAUGAAUGGGACUUAUUUAGUAGACGAAAAAGAAUUAUUCACCAGCGAUGUUGUAGUAUGUAGCUCUGUGUUACUGCUGCGGCUUGUACUACUACACCUCGCAUUAAAAAAACAAAUAUUUAUACCAAGUUUUAUCCUCUGUACAUUAUAACUUAUUAUUUAAUAACCAGCAGAGAGUAUAGUAGCAAAGUAUUGUUUGUAUUUGGCAUUAUUCAACUUACUUAUUACGUACGUCGUGCGUGCGAAAUGAUUUUCGGUGUGUGACUGGGGCAUAAUCGCUCGGACUGAUUUAAACAUUUUAAUCUUAUAAUAUACAUUUAGAUUUUAAACUGUUGCUAUUUCAUUACUCAUAAUAAUUGCAUUAUGAUUAUCAUUAUUAUUAUAAUUUAGCGUCUCCCAAACGCUCAUUUUCAUCGUUCAGUGACGACGACGAGCAUUUUAAAUGAAAAUAAAACUGUAGAUAACUUGUCAAUUUACAAAGAUGUAUACAUACACACAAACCCCAACAUUUUUUUGAGUUUCCUUGAAAUAAUGGUUCUUCAAUUUGUGCAAGUGUUUGUGUGUGUGUUUUUUUCAUAGUAUUUCAUUCAUGUAGUGAUAAUACUUUUGCUUGAAUGUCCCAUUACUUGUAUUAUUACUACGUUGACUUAUUACGUGUAUUGAUUGUAUUUAGUCAUCACUGAAAGAAGAAGAGUAAAAUGGACUCGUCGCCCCCUCGUUGUCGUCGUCGUCGUCAUCAUCCUCAACGUUUCUCCAUAUUACAAGAACUAUUCAUAGUAUUCCUUGAUUUAUGAUGAUGAUGACGAUGAAAUAACUAAUUUGUGACAUUAGAAAUGUGUAGCCCAUGCCUCAACUGGGCAAUCUUAAAAAUUAAAAGCAUACAAAUUGUGACUAUGAAUUGUACGAAAUGCAAUCAUUUAUAGUACAUUAAAUUACCAUUACUAAAAGUACCACAAAAACCAACAACCUCAAUAAUUUACCUUGUUACUAAAACCGCUUACUCUUAAUAAAUAUGUACGGACAAGUAAUAUGCAAACC